AGAACCCACCCUGCUCAAAAUUGAGGGUUCAAUAUGCGGGGGAUAGAGUCUAUUUUAUACCAAAAUCUUGUAGCCUGUUCUUUUUCCCCUUUUUUUGUCAACCCCUACACAGUUCUUUCUUUGCAUCGUCCCACUACUACGUUAGGUCCAAGCUUCCCACUAUUACAAGAUCUACAUCGCGCACGCGCAAACUGCGGGUCACCAGAACAGCAAGCAAGGCAAAAGGAACCACAGAGAAUUUCCCGCAACCACAACGGCAGCUCCCUCCAUGACUCGAAACACAGUUCAAAAAACGAAACCAACCUACUCCGUAAUCCAGAGCAAAAGAAAACCCUCAACGCAAAAAUAAGACGUCUGAAAAAGCCCUCAUCAUGUGACUCCCCUCCUGCAUGACUGAACAACCACGCCUCCCAGAACGAUAUUGGCUGAGCUUGUGGAAGGUCAUACUGAGAUGGGAGGUCGAUCUAAUAUUUACUUUUUGCGGGUCGCGCCUGACCUCCUAGCAAACUGCUAGUUGCGAUGUUCAUGGCGAAUGGGUCUUCCGGCUAGCUUUGGGAUAUUUUGCUUUGUAUCCACUGGAUUGGAUAUAAUAUUGUUCACCUUAGGCAGAUGACCGGAUCAUCACCCUUGCGCGCCGAAUGAUGUAGUGCUGUGCAGAUAAUGGGCGGCAUGGCAUAUUGAUAUGGUUUCUUUUUAUUUUUCUUUUUCUUUUUUUUUUUUUUAAAUGCGAC